AUGUCUGCGACAAACUUGUCAGGCCGUGUUGUAUUGAUCACCGGGGCGUCUGCUGGCAUAGGAGCUGCCACAGCACAAGAAUUUGCUAAAUAUGAGCUCAAAUCAAAUAUUCGUAAGGAAUAUCCGUCAGUAGAGAUCCACAUCGCCGUUGUAGACAUUCGGAAUAAGAAUGAAAUUGAUAACGCUGUGAAGGAUUUGCCUGAAAAGUUCAAGGAUAUUGAUGUGUUGGCAGGCAUAGCAAUUGGAUUUGACACAAUAGAAAAUCAAACGCAAGAUAAUAUUCUUGCGGUAUUAGAAACAAAUAUUAAUGGGCUGAUUUACAUGACACAGGCUGUUUUACCAAGGAUGAAAGAACGAAAUUCCGGAGAUAUUAUUAAUAUCGGAAGUAUUUCUGGCACGCAGACACAUCAAUACGGAAAUUCUAUUUACGCAGGAUCAAAGUAUGCGGUCGAAGGAAUUACAGAUUCAAUUAGAAGAGAACUUGUGGCUACGAAAAUACGCGUGAUUAUAAUCCGACCAGGGGCGGUGAACACAGAGUUCACGGUACGCAGAGCCGGUGGUGAUACCGAUUUCAAUAACACUUAUUUUGCGGGGUAUGAACCGCUUGUAGCGAAAGAUAUAGCUGAAUGUGUCGUUUUCGCAGCCACCCGUCCAACAAACGUCGUGGUUGCGGAGAUGUUUGUCCUGCCUACCGCGCAAGCUGAUAUCACGUUGUUCCAUCGUGAAGGAAAUGUUGGACCGUUAGCCAAGAGUGAUAAUAAGAAUUAA